GGUUCCCGCAUCGCCGCAGCAUGGCCGAGUCCACUUCUAAAGUGGGAGCGACCACGACCGUCACCGAGACGGAGGUGACUGAGCCGGAAAAUCGUAGCCUCACUAUCAAAUUAAGAAAACGAAAGCCAUCCAAGAAGGUGGAAUGGUCAAGUGACACGGUGGACAACGAACACUUGGGACGGAGAUCUUCCAAAUGCUGCUGCAUCUAUGAGAAGCCCCGGGCUUUUGACGAGAGCUCCACAGAAAGUGAAGACGACGACGACGAAGGCUGCGGCAACGCCCAUUGCAUCCGAGGCCACAAGAAAGGUCAGCGGGGGAAGGCACAGUCCAAAGCGGGAGAUGCCGCUGGUCCCAAGGAGAACAACUCCAAGAAGCUGGAGCUACCUGACCAAAACCACGCAGGGGCGAUGCAGCACUGAACCAUACUGGGCCAGGGGGC